AUGGAAAGCCAUCCGGGCAACCAGACCGCGGCCGAAAGAGCCUGUAACACGUGCCGACAGCGUCGGGUCAAGGUAGGUCCCUGGCUUGCUUCCGUCUGGAGACGUCUGCUCACCGAGAUUAGUGUGAUAAACGACUACCGGGCUGCCAACGAUGUGAAAAGUUGGGUAAACCAUGCACGGGCUAUGAUACCGAACGCAAGUUUCUCGACGAGGGCAUCAAGGUUCGACGGAAAUAUGAUGACAACUAUCAACCUGCUCCAACCCUACCAAGACACACCUCCACCACUCCGCAGAACCAUCCUCACACCGCCUGACACUCAGCGUGUCAGUGAGUCUUCGUUUCAAAGUAGCUUGAACCAGUUCUAUCCCAUCAUCCCGCAAAUCCUAUCACCGCCGGUCGAAUCUACCCCAGACAAUCCUGCAAGCAUACCUUCUACAGCACGAUCGUCGCUCAGCAAUAUCCAAUUCCCCGGAUUUGGGGUCCUCCCUCAGCAGAGUCCAGACUUUCGCCCCUUUACACCUACUCCGCCACAACCACCCCAGCCGUCGCACACCCUCCAGCCUGUUCAACCUGUCCAAACAUCGCACCGUCAAGUCAUUGUCCCUCAGCCAACCAACCCGGCCAACCUGCAGUAUCCUCCCCAGGACUACAACAGCUUUCAACAUGCCCAGGAGCAUCCGACAGCCAAAUUGCUUCUCGGCAGACCUCAAUAUGCCGAAUCGGACAUGGACACUUCGAUCAGCGAGGACUAUUUCGACCUCGAUAUCGAUACGUAUUAUGCCAAGGGGAACAAUGCUUGUGGAUUCAUUCCUGGGCUACCUGUCAUCCUGACCGAUCAGAGCGAACCCGAGACUGACGAAGAUCUGUUAACCAACGAUUAUGCAUCUUUGAGUGGGAGGUCGUCCGUAUACGAUAGGUGA